AUGUCGAACGGAGCGGCUGUGCUCUCGGAGGAUGACAUUGUCAACGGUUGUGUUCUUGGCCCUCACGGCUAUGUCUACAGACCGCCACCUCCUUCAAAGCAGCUUACGAUCGAGAUGCAGGUGUCAGUGACAGAGUGCAGAAACUGGCGCGAGGUCCUCGCCGUGGUGGAGAACUUGGGAGAUCUCUUCGACUUUCGGAAUACCUCGACGGCCGUGCAUCGAGUUGCCAAGUCCAGUGUGGAAGCCGGCGAGGCUCAGCUGGCGAAGUCGGACCAUCGUUUCCCGAGGUUGCUGCAGCUGCUCAGGGCGAAAUGCAAGGAUUUAUCGGCUUGGGGACUCUCAGACGCAACGUGGGGGAUGGCGAAGAUGCAGUGCAAGGACGACGAGAUUUUCACGAGGCUCUCCAUGCGUGCCCAGAGCAUCAUCCAGGACUUGGAUCCUCAGGGCCUGGCGAUCGUGGCGUGGUCCUUCGCCACUGUGGGAAGGAGGGACGAGGCCCUCCUCUCGGCCAUUGCGGUGGAAUCGCGCAAGAAGCUGGACAGCUUCGGAGUGCAGAACAUCUCCAAUUUGAUCUGGGCAAACGCAACGCUAGGCGUCCGCUCUGAUGCCCUGCACGCAGACUUGCUGCAGGAGUCUCUCCGUCGCCUGGAAGACUUUACCACUCAGGAGCUUGCCAUCGUUAACUGGGCCUUCACGAAACUAGCAUAUCCGGUGGGAGACGAAUGGAAGAACGCCAUCCGCAGCCGGGUCUUGCGGCUGAAGGAGUAUGCUCCGUCAGAGCUUUCCAUGAUCGCCUGGGCCCUCGCCACUCGCGGGGACUACGAUCCGGACCUGAUGGCCUACAUUGCCAGGCGAUCGAUGGAGAUCAUGCGAAGCUUCACUGGGCAGAAUAUGGCGACGAUCGUCUGGGCCAUCGCCACAGUGUCCUACAAGGAUGAUCCCUCGAUCGACGAGUUCCUGCGCAUGGCCAUCGGUGCGAUCACUGCAAGGUCCAAUGAAUUCCAGCCCCUCAACAUUGCCUUGAUCUCCUGGGGCCUGGCGAAGCUCAGCUUCAAGGCCGAAGCCGCCUUCGAGGCCCUCUGCGACUCAGCGGCGGCUCAAAUCGACGCCUUCGUUCCGCAGAACCUGGUGCAGGUCAUGUGGGCUUGUGGCACUGCAGGAUACAAGCACGAGGCCUUCCUUCGUGGAGCCGCACGGGUGGCCAAGCGCACUGUGGAUGACUUCUCCUCGCAGCAUCAGUCCAACUUUCUCUGGGCCUGUGCGAGGCUGGGGCAAUAG